AUGCAGGACAUUUAUGUAGUCUUAAGAACUACAUCUACUUGUAGAUUGCCUUGUGGUAGAGAAACAAAAGAAAUUUUGGGAAAACCAGAUUUUAAUGGACCUUAUGAAUUCCCCACAGAGAUUUUUUACGACGUUGUCACUGCAGGCCCCAUUGUGGGGGUGAACUGGGGCAUGCUCGGGGACAACCUUCCGUCGCCGUCUGACAUCGUAAAACUCAUGCAACAGAACAAUGUUAUAACAGUACGGCUGUUUGAUCCCAACACUACAGCGCUUGACGCACUCCGGAAUUCAGAGAUCAGCCAUUGCCGUGGUGAGCCUCUCAGUCUCAUACCCCCUUCGCAGGGAGCCUUCUCACCCGAAGCCGUGGCUGCCAUGAACCCCAAUACUGCCUUCGUGACCGCCAACGACUUCCCCCGCAUGGUGAAUGUGUACCCUUACUUUGGCUACAAAUCAGACCCAGAACACAUCCCUCUGGACCACGCCCUUUUCAGACCGACCUCUCCAGUCGUCCAAGAUGGUGACCUUAGCUACCACAACCUCUUCGAUGCGACAUUAGAUGCAGUUUACUCGGCCCUGGAGAAAGUGGGAGGGAGCACAAUCAAUAUCGUAGCGUUGGAGAGCGGUUGGCCGAGUGCAGGGUACGGCGACAAGACCACAGUGGCAACGGCUCAGGAGUACAACAAUAAUCUGAUACAGCAUGCCAUUUCCACAAACGUUGCUUUGUUUAAUGAGGAUUUCAAGCCAGCUGGAGAGGAGCAAAACUUUGCGUUGUUUUACCCCAGCAUGGAGCCUGUUUAUCCGAUUUCUUUUCAAAGAUUGGCCCUUGAAUAA